GACGAUUAUUGGCCUAUUAAGAUAGGUACUUGGGCAUAUAUCAAGGGAAGACAUUCAAAUUCUAGUGCCUGUCAACUUAUAAGUACCUAGGUCCAUUCUCUUCCGCUGCACCUCCAUUCUAAAAUAUAUUAGAACCUAAUCUGUCUGACCUCAUACCGAUAUCACCACAUAGAGUCACUCUCUAGCUCUAGCACCCCCCGCCCCCGAGAGAAGCUACGACACCAUCAAGAUGGACGGACGAGGUGAUAUGAGUGAGGCCAAGAAACUGCAGGCCGAAUUCUCUCGCGCCAAGGCCCCUUGCAGCAGGAGCCGUGGAAACAACAGGACGAACACCAACAACGGCGCACGAGGUGACUUACAAGGUAGCAGAGUCCAGCGACGUACUGUACCCCUUCCACCAAACCAAGCAGCGCAACGACCGCCGCCAAGUUGUCAUCCACCAUCUCGUAUGCCCCGUUGGUUAGAAGCGAAUCCCACCCCACCUAGAGAGCAAGAAGCAACACUUCAACGACCGUAUACGUCUCGACCCGCGACACAGCCUAUUCAAAGAUCCUUUAAUUCUGAUGCGGAUCGAUUUGUUUACGAGACUUUCAACGGUCGGAACGGCAACUCGCCUCCUGUGUGGUUGCGACCUAUUCCAUCUACUCAACCGCCGCAGGGACGGGGUCCCAAUCUAAUGGAUUCAGAGAAUCCGCCCUUGCCCCAUAUCCGAGUUUCUCAACGCCCUGAACAGAGUCGUCCUCCCCGUGCCACUUCACCUGAGCCCUCGCUUCUAGACGAAGAAGUAGAGGAUAUUGAGCAACCUGUUAUGCCGUUCACUAUCGACACGAACACACUGCGAGGCUCACAGGAAGAUGUGACCAUGGGUGGCACGGAAGCCGACACAAGAAAUGGAGUACAUCGUGGAGGCCUUGCGGCCUCGCGGUGGAACACGAGAGAGACGCAGCUAGAUCCUAUGUCUCUGGAUGGCACAUUAGAGCAAGAACGACGUGGACCUAGCCCAAGGAGUCGGAUUGUUUCUAGUGGUACUUCAAGAGGACGUGGACUUGCCGACUCUCGCUGGGCCUCGGAAGAGUAAUCCACGCCGAUACGAAUCAAUAUCGUAUAUUUACCCCUUUCCUUUUAGACAUUGUGUAUCGGUUACUUUAUGUGCCAUACAAUCUAGUUCCUCUGCACACCUGAGUUGAGUUUAUACGUUAACUC